ACGAAUUUAACAAGAUGGAAAAAAACACACAUCCCCGUUUUCGGUUGCUGUUGCCACUGCUAAUGGCUAUUUUUCAUUGCACACACUCACAGUGCCCUUGGACCGACAUGCCCCAAUUACAAGCAACAUGCGUUUGUGCUUUUAAUCUAGCAAGGCAAAUGUCUAUACAAUGUGAUCAGGUCGAAUUUUCAAUUUUAUUAUCGACGCUGAAUUCAAGUGCAAGAAAAUUUUCUAUAGAUCUUCUGUAUAUUAAUAAUUCUACAAUUAAUUCAAUAACCGAUGAAAUGUUCAUAAAUUUAGCGAUACAUAACUUACAGAUAUCGGGGUGCAAAGUAAAAAAAAUAGAAAAUAAUGCCUUUAAGGGUCAAGGGCUAUAUUUAAAAAAUUUAAAUCUGCAGGAUAACGAACUGACAGAGGUGCCUGUAAAGGCUUUAAGAGUUUUGACAAAUUUAUCUUUGUUAGAUAUUUCCAAAAAUAAAAUAACAUAUAUCGAAAACUACUCUUUUUCAACUCUUCAAGAACUGACGACACUCAAAAUAUCUGAUAAUAAUGUAACUUUGGCACCACAAGCAUUUGCUGGUUUAGAAAGUUCGCUCAAAAACCUAAAUCUCAAAGGAACAAAGCAAAAAGCCGUACCAGAAUGUAUAAGAGGACUACGAAGUCUUGCCUUUCUCGACCUGUCGCAAAACAGCAUUAGAGAACUACCUGGAACUGACGGUGAAAAUACUUUUGAAGGAUUGGACUCAUUAACUGCUCUCAAUUUAGAGAGAAAUUUAUUAGUUACUUUAGAAAAAGAUGCGUUUUAUGGAAUAAAAAGUACAUUAAGUUCAUUAAGUCUAUUAAACAAUCUGUUACCUGAAUUUCCUACUGAAGCUAUAGCUACGUUAUCGGAUUUAAGAGUUUUGGAUAUAGGGUUUAAUUUACUAAAUAAGUUACCUUCCGAGGCUUUUUUAAAAAACCCUUCAAUAACUUUAUUGGCAUUGGACGGAAAUCCAUUGCGAACUGUUGAAGAAAAAGCAUUAGCGCAUCUAAGUCAUAGCCUUAGAGGUUUAAGCCUCGGUGGACGCUUUUUAAGUUGUGAUUGUCGAUUACGAUGGAUAAUUGAAUGGAUUCGUAACGGUGAGCUACAAGUUACAUCGCGCGAAAGAAACCCCCAAUUUUGUGGAAGUCCGCCUCAAUUCCGUGAACGUGGAUUUUAUAGUUUUGAGCCCAACGAACUUAUAUGCGAACAUGAUUCGAAUCUAACUGUAAAUCUAGAAACAACGGUUUUGAACGAGCUGAAUGUAAGUCAAACAACUACUACAACUUCGAUGCCCUCUUCUACGUCAGCUCAUUUACAAUCAAAUUAUUCUUCUACGACAACAUUCAGUCCCAUAAUUCGCAACAUUAGUGAAAGUACAACUUCUAGAACCACAAUUACGACAACGACGACUUUAGCUAAUAAAACAAGCAAAACUCCAGCUUUGCGCCCAGCUGCACCUACAUGGCGUCAUGCUCCAAAUCAGAGACCACCAUUGGUAAUGAACUUUCCCCAACAAAAACCUAUCAUUGACGAUUCAAAUGAAGUUAUAGUAAAGAAUGCUUAUAGACAAGAUAAUUCAGUAAUCAUACAAUGGGAUUCAAAUGUUGCUAAUAUACUAGGCUUUCGCGUAGUAUAUCGAUUAUUUGGCGACAAAAGUUUUAAGCAAGGACCACCUCUUGAAGCAAGUGAAAGAGAAUUCAAAAUUAAAAACGUUCCAUCUCAGGAAUGUAUCGUCGUAUGCGUAAUUUCAUUGGAAGAAGUCCACGUUACCCCUGAAACGGUGCCGUACUCGCAAUGCCGUGAAGUACGCACUGUGUCCGCUGCUGCAACCAAUAUGGAUAAAAUCACUAUAGCAGCCAGCGCAGCAAUAUGUGGAACAAUUGUAGUAGCCGUUCUUGUGUUUGCCGCCGCAUCACGGCGCCGGUCUCGAACCGUGCAUCGGUUACACACUCAGUUACCAGAGAAAAUUCCAAAUCCAUGCUGCGGGGGAUUUACCGGGACACCAAGUCCCAGUGGACCAUUGUCGUCACUAGCCACGCUAGGCGCAUUUGGAAAGCAACGUGAGUGGGACCAAGUGUCAGCUUAUAGUGCACGUUCAAUACCCAGAGCACGUUCUUAUACGGAACCCGCUGCCCCUGAGCCUUUGCCUGGUCGUCCAGGAAGGGCACGUUCUUUAGCCGACGGGCAGUCACAACACAGUUAUUCACAUUCCGGCCGAUACGGAGCUCCUGCAUAUCCAGGAAGCUUAUUAGGAUCAAGAACUGAUCUACGACAAUCUCGACAAUCAUUAGGCGCAGCAUCAGAGCGAGCAUCACGUUUAUCGUUGAGCGGCGCAGCAGGCGGUGCUACUAGUGGCAAUGCUGGUUCUAGAAGACGACCAAGAUCAAGAUCUCGUCCUGCCAGCCGAUAUAGUGUAGGUUCACUUGGAUUAGGCUACUGCGAUACUUCUGAUAAUUGGACUGACCACGAUAUGGAUAUUUAUAUGGCACGAAACCCAACAAGGGGUGGUUUGGUACCAUUAUAGCGUGCAAGAAAUACGGUGUGGGGUGACGUAGGGUGGCAAAAUCAAAUGCAAUUAAAAAAAACUACUCAAGUCUCGAACUGCACUCAUGUGACACACACUUGCCCCCACCGGCACAUUCAUCAUCACGGCCACAGACAUAGACGAAAAAGCAGAGUCAUUUCUUAAACUGAACUAAGACUGCUACAAUUAAAACAGACCUACCUAUAGUUUCGAAGGAUACAUUAGUGUUUUCAAACUUAGAAGAUUAAACAAAUUUGAAGUCAAAAUUAUUUAUAAUUUGAUGAC